AAUCACUUCAUGCAUUUGAACAAAACAAGGGUUCCGGGGUCUAAAGAAUCGAUUGAAGUUCAAAAUUACAUUACAAACCACUUCCAAACACUGGAUGAAGCAACGGAUGGUGGAAUACCCUGGGAAGUGGAGCUCGAUAACUUUCAAGAGAAUGGAUACAAUUUUACAAACCUUGUCUUUUCGAAAGACCCUGUCUACUCAACAAAUACGGAUAAAUCGACCAAAUAUAUUGUUAUCGCAGCUCAUUAUGAUUCUCUUAUUCAACCAAAAGGAUUCAUCGGUGCCAUAGACAGUGCGGUGUCUUGUGGAAUUUUGCUAGAUUUAGCAGAAUCAAUAUCCCAAUCUAUCGAUGAUAUUUUCCAAGACUUUGCUUACGACAUGAAUAUUGGUAUCAAGUUUGUGUUUUUUGAUGGUGAAGAGGCAAUUGAAAGAUGGUCUCCAGAAGAUUCAAUUUACGGUGCUCGUCAUCUUUUUUCUAAAUGGAAAGGUCAAUCCAUCAUUAACCAGAUAGAGUUAUUCUUAUUGCUAGAUCUUCUAGGUGCUCCUGAUGUCAAUUACGUACCAAGUUAUUUCUCAGCUACUCAUGACAAUUACAAUGAUCUUUCCUUGCUUGAAAAUAAAUUGAUCCAUUUUUUCCCAUCACUUUUUGACACCAGCCAAUCAACAAGUCAAAGUUAUCAAAAUAAAUUCCUAGCACCACCAGCAGAGAAUUUCAAGAGGGAAAAUAAUGGAUUCAUUGAAGAUGAUCACAUACCUUUUUGGAAAGCUGGGGUGCCCGUCCUUCAUUUGAUUCCCGAUGUUUUCCCAAAACAAUGGCACACAAUAGACGAUGAUUUCAAUCAUGUUGAUUUGCAAGCGAUACAGAGAUGGAAUAUGCUUUUAACGGCCUAUAUUCUCGAAUACCUG